AUGCCAUCACCGGUUGGAAUAGAAGUUGAGGGAAGCUCGGAUGAGAAUCUGAUGGUGCUGCCAGCAACAAUAGAGCAGAAGGAGUUUGACAUCCUGCUUGAGUACAUGUUUAGGGGACGUACAGCUGCUCCUCCAAGCCUGGACAACCUGAUUGUGAUCCUGAAGCUGUCAACAAUGCUAGAAAUCGAUGAUGGAAGAACCUAUGCCAUCGACCAGCUGUCGAAGAGGGCAGACCUGACCUCAGCUCUUCAGUUUCACCUCGGAUGUGCACACCAUGUUACUGAAUGGGUGGAGCCUGCCUUUCGGGCGUUGAUGAAAAUACCAUUCAAAGAUAUCUCGAGGGAGAUCGCUCACCUCAUGGGACCUGACGCCUUUUACAUCCUCUCUCAAGCCCACACUGCGAUCAGAGACCACCUGAACAUCCUCACCUUCUAUCCUUCCAAUCCUAUCGAGAGCGUCCACUGCUUCCGGCCAGGCAGAUGCACUGAAGCCUGGAUUUGGAAGUGGUGGCAGGGAGUCGCAAAGCACCUGCUUCACCCUGACUCAGGAAAGUCAGGUAGAGAGAUCUUGGGGAUGCUGGAAGAGGUGAAGCAGACAGGAGUGAUGACGAAGGCCGACGAGUACUUUGAGGGGGCAGUGGAGCAGAUCGUGGCAGCAUAUGGGAGCAGGGACAAGGGUAAGGCAGCAACAACUGCUCUUGAGGAUGAUGAGGCCUAG